CGCUAACGUACGCACUCUGACCCCAGACGCCGCGCAUAACGGACACAUUCAAAUAUCGAAUUUAUAUUUCUUUUUCUGUGAUUGUGACGUGUGUUUGUUUUUUUCGUGUGCACAGGGCCCCAUGAAGCGGCUGUCAUGCGCAUAGCGGCACUGAUUGCACUCGUGCAGCUGUCGCUCGCUACAGCUGUUUCAGACGAUGCGCUCGACACUCUCCCCGCGGCUGAGCUGAACUUCCAACUAUCGGGAGACAAUGCUCUCUCUCCGUUCUACGAAGCCAGCGCCGAGGACACUGGGGUUAACUUCAUCAGAGGAUCCCGGGCCGUAGACUCGCCUCUCACUCCAGACAUCAACGUGCAAUGCUCAGGAGACUUCAUCCAAGUCACCGUAGAUUUCCCUGAUGUGUAUGAUGGGAUUAUUUACAGUAAAGGGUUUCUGAAUGAUCCGAAAUGCAAGUAUGUUUCACUCGGAGGUAGCAAGUCCCAGUAUUCGUUCCAAGUGCCCCUCAACGGGUGCGGAUCACGGCCUCUCUGUAACGCCUGUGGCACCAUUGACAACGUCCUCGUAUUCCAAGCUGACGAUUUCGUGCAAGGACCCCUUGACUUUGCCAGAAAGGUGUCAUGCGCCCGCACAUCGUUGGAGUUGUCGACUGGAGUCCGUAAGGAGGAGACUCACACGCUGAAGCUAAAGCCGUUCAUGGUUGAUAUGCUGGACGUGGUCGCGGUUGAAGGCCCGGCAGGCGGUGUCGAGUGCUGGAUGGACAUCCAGAGAGGAGUCUUCCCAAACACAUCUCCCCUGAAAGAGUCAAUCAAGAUCGGCGAGUAUUUAACAAUACUCGUAUACUUGAAAGAUGUUAGGAACCAGUUCAAUCUAAAGAUUCAUGACUGCUGGGCUUAUGACACCGAAAGUUACGAUAGUCCAAAGACGAACAAGAUUCAACUCACUGAUAAAGAGGGAUGUCCUAAGAAGAAGAAGCUGAUCGACUUUUGGCAGAAAUCAACAAACACCGGAAAGAGUGGAGCAACAUUGAUUGCUUACAGUAAAGUCAGCGCUUUUCGAUUCCCUGAAACUGACCAAGUGUAUCUUACUUGUAAUGUCGAGCUAUGUACAAAUAAUUGCGACGCAAGCUGCGAUGAUGUCACAGAAAUAUCAACAACGAUUAGACCUCAGCAAUGUUACCCUGGAUCUCCAGAUCCUAGAUGCCAGACUGCGACUGCGCCACCUCAAGUCAAGUGCUACCCAGGCUCGAAUGACCCUAGAUGUUCUGGUACAACACCAUCUGAACCAAAUUGUUAUCCAGGUUCCAACGACCCGCGUUGUCCUAGACCAACGCCGCCCAGACCAGGCUGUUACCCUGGAUCGCCAGAUCCAAAAUGUCGCCAGCCUGAACCUACAACAAAAACUCCUCCUACUUAUUUACCUCCGACAACGACAGGACCUAACUGCUACCCAGGUAGCAAUGAUCCUAGGUGUCCACAACCUACCCCUCCUGCUCAACCUAACUGCUAUCCUGGAAGUACGGAUCCACGUUGCCCAAGGCCUACGUCACCAUCUGGACCUAACUGUUACCCAGGCAAUACAGACCCGCGGUGUCCGAAGCCUACUACCCCAUCAGGACCAAAUUGCUACCCAGGAAGUACGGACUCCAGAUGCCCAAGGCCUACUACUCCAUCGGAACCUAACUGUUACCCAGGCAGCACAGACCCAAGAUGCCCCAAAGCUACCACACCUUCGGGACCUAACUGCUUCCCAGGUAGCACAGACCCAAGAUGCCCAAGGCCUACGACUCCAUCGGGACCUAACUGUUAUCCAGGCAGCACAGACCCACGAUGCCCCAAGCCUACCACACCUUCGGGACCUAACUGUUUCCCAGGUAGCACAGACCCAAGAUGUCCAAGGCCUACGACUCCUGCUCAACCAAACUGUUACCCUGGCAGUACUGAUACAAGAUGCCCGAAACCAACAACACCAAAACCAGUUUGUUAUCCAGGGUCGCCCGACCCCAACUGUCCUCAGCCACCUCGCCCGUCAACGUUAACGCCUCCGACGUACUUACCACCAACUACUCAACAGGCUAAAUGCUACCCCGGGUCAAAUGCUCCGGGUUGUCCUAGACCUACAACACCUGCGCCGCCAAAUUGCUAUCCAGGAAGCACGGAUCCUAGGUGCCCUAAGCCGACUACUCCGGCCCCACCAAACUGCUAUCCAGGAAGUACGGAUCCUAGGUGCCCUAAGCCAACAACUCCGGCCCCACCAAACUGCUAUCCAGGAAGCACGGAUCCUAGGUGCCCCAAACCAACUACGCCCGCCCCACCAAACUGCUAUCCAGGAAGCACGGAUUCUAGGUGCCCUAAGCCGACUACUCCGGCACCACCAAACUGCUACCCAGGAAGCACGGAUCCUAGGUGCCCCAAACCGACCACUCCGGCUCCACCAAACUGCUAUCCAGGAAGCACGGAUCCUAGGUGCCCUAAGCCAACAACUCCGGCGCCACCAAAUUGCUAUCCAGGAAGCACGGAUCCUAGGUGCCCCAAACCGACCACUCCAGCCCCACCAAACUGCUAUCCAGGAAGCACGGAUCCUAGGUGCCCUAAGCCGACUACUCCGGCCCCACCAAACUGCUACCCAGGAAGCACGGAUCCUAGGUGCCCCAAACCAACUACGCCCGCCCCACCAAACUGCUAUCCAGGAAGCACGGAUCCUAGGUGCCCCAAGCCGACUACUCAGGCACCACCAAACUGCUAUCCCGGAAGCACUGACCCACGUUGUCCCAAACCUACAACACCUUCAAGUCCCACCUGCUACCCUGGCAGUACAGACCCCCGUUGUCCUAAACCAACGACUCCUCAGCCAACAACUCCAGAAGCACCUAGAUGCUACCCUGGUUCAAGUGAUCCCAGAUGCCCACAAACUACACCAUCUAAACCAGUUUGCUACCCAGGCUCACCCGACCCUAACUGUCCGCAACCACCUCGGCCGACCACACAAAAUCCACCAACUUAUUUACCGCCAUCCACUACACAACCUCCGCCAAGAUGUUUCCCAGGUAGUAGCGAUCCUAGGUGCCCCAAACCAACAACACCAGCACCUCCUAACUGCUUCCCUGGAAGCAAUGAUCCUAGAUGCCCAAGACCGACAACACCAGAGCAACCAAAAUGUUACCCAGGCUCAAACGCUCCUAAUUGUCCCAGACCUACUACACCAGCUCCACCGAACUGUUACCCAGGAAGUAAUGACCCACGUUGCCCCAAGCCUACGACCCCGGCUCCACCAAGCUGCUAUCCUGGAAGCACUGAUCCACGUUGUCCAAAACCAACGACGCCACAACCAACCACCCCGGCCCCACCUCGUUGUUUCCCAGGCACUAAUGAUCCGCGAUGCCCAAGGCCUACACCACCCAGUACUCCGGCUUUGCCACGUUGUUUCCCAGGUUCAAAUGAUCCCAGGUGUCCACAAACUACACCGAAACCAGUCUGCUAUCCGGGAUCUCCUGACCCCAACUGUCCUCAACCACCAAGGCCUACAACUUUAACUCCUCCAACGUAUUUACCACCUUCAACUGCGGGUGUAACUACCCCUUCGCCACCAAGAUGUUACCCUGGCAGUACCGACUCACGCUGCCCUAAACCAACGACCCUGGCUCCCCCUAACUGUUAUCCGGGAUCCACUGACCCAAGAUGUCCUCGACCGACUACUCCAGCCCCACCCAAUUGCUUCCCUGGAAGCACUGACCCUCGGUGCCCGAAACCUACCACACCCGCUCCACCAAGCUGCUAUCCUGGGAGCACUGAUCCCCGUUGCCCGAAGCCUACAACGCCUGCCCAACCAAAAUGCUUCCCUGGAAGCACCGACCCACGCUGUCCCAAGCCUACUACACCUGCCCCACCUAACUGCUAUCCUGGAAGUAUAGAUCCCCGUUGCCCAAAGCCAACAACUCCUGCUCCGCCAAACUGCUACCCCGGCAGUACAGAUCCUCGGUGUCCCAAACCAACUACACCAGCGCCUCCUAACUGCUACCCUGGAAGCACUGACCCUCGAUGCCCGAAACCUACCACACCUGCUCCACCAAACUGCUAUCCUGGGAGCACUGAUCCCCGUUGCCCGAAGCCUACGACGCCUGCUCCUCCAAAUUGUUUCCCUGGAAGCACCGACCCACGCUGCCCAAAACCAACAACUCCGUCUCCACCACGUUGUUACCCAGGUUCUAAUGAUCCCAGAUGUCCGAAACCAACUACCCCUCGUCCUACCACUCCAAGUGCUCCCCAAUGCUACCCAGGCUCAAGUGACCCAAGGUGCCCGAAGCCCACAUCGCCUAAACCUGUGUGCUAUCCCGGAUCGCCUGACCCAAAUUGCCCACAGCCUCCUCGCCCCACUACAUUAAAUCCUCCCACUUAUUUGCCACCUUCGACAACAACUGCCCCGCCCAAAUGUUUCCCGGGCAGUAAUGAUCCUAGAUGUCCAAAACCCACAACACCUUAUCAACCUAAUUGCUACCCCGGUAGCACAGAUCCCCGCUGUCCAAAACCUACUACUCCAUCUCAGCCUCAAUGUUACCCAGGCUCAACCGAUCCCAGAUGCCCCAAGCCAACGACACCAGCUUCUCCUAACUGCUACCCUGGAAGCACGGAUCCUAGAUGUCCUAAACCGACUACCCCCGCCCAACCCAACUGUUAUCCAGGAAGCAAUGACCCCCGUUGUCCCAGACCUACAACGCCUACUCCUCCAAAUUGUUAUCCAGGUUCUAAUGACCCACGUUGCCCUAAGCCAACAACACCGUCUGGACCAAACUGCUAUCCUGGAAGCACUGAUCCUAGAUGUCCUAAACCGACUACCCCCGCCCAACCCAACUGUUAUCCAGGAAGCAAUGACCCCCGUUGUCCCAGACCUACAACGCCUGCUCCUCCAAAUUGUUAUCCAGGUUCUAAUGACCCACGUUGCCCUAAGCCAACAACACCGUCUGGACCAAACUGCUAUCCUGGAAGCACUGAUCCACGUUGUCCAAAACCAACGACUCCGCAACCGACUACUCCGGCCUCACCACGUUGCUAUCCAGGUUCUACGGAUCCCAGAUGUCCAAAAUUAACAACACCACGGCCAACCUCUCCACCUGGUCCUCGUUGCUACCCCGGUUCAAAUGAUCCCAGAUGUCCUACUACACCGGAAAAACCAGUUUGUUAUCCCGGAUCUCCGGAUCCUAACUGUCCGCAACCACCUCGCCCUUCGACAUUAACGCCUCCAACGUACUUGCCACCAACGGGUGAUCAAACUAAAUGUUACCCAGGGUCAAACGCUCCAAAUUGUCCCAGACCAACGACUCCUGCGCCGCCCAAAUGUUAUCCAGGCAGUACGGAUCCCCGUUGUCCGAAGCCUACGACGCCUGCUCCACCAAAAUGCUACCCUGGUAGCACCGACCCUCGCUGUCCCAAGCCUACUACACCUGCCCCACUUAACUGCUAUCCCGGAAGUACAGAUCCUCGUUGCCCAAAGCCAACAACCCCUGCUCCGCCAAACUGCUAUCCUGGCAGCACCGAUCCACGCUGUCCCAAGCCUACCACACCUGCCCCACCUAAUUGCUAUGCCGGAAGCACGGAUCCUCGUUGCCCGAAACCAACAACGCCUGCUCCACCAAAAUGCUUCCCUGGAAGCACCGACCCACGCUGUCCCAAGCCUACUACACCUGCCCCACCUAACUGCUAUCCCGGAAGUACAGAUCCUCGUUGCCCAAAGCCAACAACCCCUGCUCCGCCAAACUGCUAUCCUGGCAGCACUGAUCCACGCUGUCCCAAGCCUACCACACCUGCUCCACCUAAUUGCUAUCCCGGAAGCACGGAUCCUCGUUGCCCGAAACCAACAACGCCUGCUCCACCAAAAUGCUACCCUGGUAGCACCGACCCACGUUGUCCUAGGCCUACCACACCUGCCCCACCUAACUGCUAUCCCGGAAGUACAGAUUCCCGUUGCCCGAAACCAACAACUCCUGUUUCACCAAAUUGUUAUCCUGGAAGCACCGACCCAAGAUGUCCAAAGCCCACAACCCCGGCUCCACCUCGCUGUUACCCAGGCUCCACUGAUCCAAGAUGUCCUAAACCUACAACACCUCAGCCAACUACUCCAAGCGGUCCUCGAUGUUACCCGGGCUCAAACGAUCCCAGAUGUCCACAAACCACCCCGUCCAAGCCUAUUUGCUAUCCUGGGUCUCCUGACCCCAACUGUCCGCAGCCACCUCGCCCCACUACAUUAAAUCCUCCCACAUAUUUGCCACCUUCUACCACUUCUGCUGCGCCUAGAUGUUACCCAGGCAGUAAUGAUCCAAGGUGUCCUAAACCCACUACUCCAGCACCUCCUAACUGCUAUCCAGGAAGCACUGAUCCUCGAUGCCCAAAACCCACAACUCCUGCUCAACCUAAUUGUUAUCCUGGCAGCACAGACCCGCGUUGCCCCAGACCAACGACGCCAGAGCAACCCAAAUGUUUUCCAGGCUCAAAUGCUCCAUAUUGUCCCAGACCUACUACACCCGCUCUACCGAACUGCUACCCAGGAAGUACUGACCCACGUUGCCCGAGGCCAACCACGCCUCAACCAACCACGCCAUCACAACCACGUUGUUAUCCAGGAUCUACAGAUCCUAGAUGUCCUAAGCCAACAACAUCGCAACCAAGAUGUUACCCUGGUUCGAAUGAUCCUAGAUGUCCACAACCUACUGUGCCUCCCAAACCAGUAUGCUACCCAGGCUCUCCUGAUCCCAAUUGUCCUCAACCACCACGACCAACGACGUUAAAUCCUCCUACUUAUCUCCCACCAUCCACUGCUGUUACAACACCCUCUCCUCCAAGAUGUUAUCCAGGCAGUAACGAUCCUAGAUGUCCAAGACCGACACCUCCUGGGCCCACUACUCCGGCCCCCCCACGUUGUUACCCCGGCAGCAGUGAUCCUAGAUGCCCACGACCAACAACUCCUCAGCCCACAACACCAGCUCUGCCGCGUUGCUACCCAGGUAGCAACGAUCCUAGGUGCCCACGACCAACAACCCCUCAGCCCACAACACCAGCUCCGCCGCGUUGCUACCCCGGCAGCAAUGAUCCUAGAUGCCCAAGACCAACAACUCCUCAGCCCACACCGCCAGCUCCGCCGCGUUGCUACCCAGGUAGCAACGAUCCUAGGUGCCCACGACCAACAACCCCUCAGCCCACAACACCAGCUCCGCCACGUUGCUACCCCGGCAGCAAUGAUCCUAGAUGCCCAAGGCCAACCACUCCAGAGCAACCUAGAUGCUACCCAGGUUCUAAUGACCCCAAUUGUCCAAAACCUACAACACCUCGACCUACCACACCGGCACCUCCUCGCUGUUACCAAGGAUCAAACGAUCCAAGGUGUCCACAAACAACACCAUCUAAACCCGUAUGCUAUCCUGGCUCUCCCGACCCUAAGUGUCCACAACCGCCUCGCCCAACGACCUUAAAUCCUCCCACUUACCUGCCACCUUCAACUCCUAGUAUCACUACUCCGUCUCCUCCGCGAUGUUACCCAGGCAGCACAGAUCCACGAUGCCCCAAACCAACAACACCUGCGCCGCCUAACUGCUAUCCGGGAUCUACGGACCCUAGAUGUCCAAAACUAACAACACCUUCUCAACCCAAUUGUUAUCCCGGUAACACAGAUCCCCGCUGUCCAAAACCGACCACACCCAGACCCACUACUCCGUCUCAGCCUCAAUGUUACCCAGGAUCAAUCGAUCCUAGGUGCCCGAAACCAACAACAUCUCAGCCUAGGUGCUAUCCAGGCUCCAGCGAUCCCAGAUGCCCACAGCCCACACCUUCAAAACCAGUGUGUUAUCCCGGCUCUCCUGACCCUAACUGUCCCCAACCACCACGACCAACUACAUUAACUCCUCCCACUUAUCUUCCGCCUUCAACAGCUGUAACAACACCUGCUCCUCCAAAAUGCUACCCUGGUAGCAACGAUCCUCGCUGUCCUAAACCUACAACUCCAGCCUCACCAAGGUGUUUCCCUGGAAGCUCAGAUCCAAGGUGCCCCAAGCCUACGACCCCAGCACCACCGCGGUGCUUCCCUGGUUCUACUGACCCUAGGUGCCCAAAACCAACGACACCUCAACCUACCACUCCUAGCGCACCUCAAUGCUACCCAGGCUCGAAUGACCCGAGAUGUCCCAAACCAACAACACCUGCCCCACCAAGGUGUUUCCCUGGCAGCUCAGAUCCAAGGUGUCCCAAGCCUACCACCCCAGCACCGCCGCGGUGCUUCCCUGGUUCUACUGACCCUAGGUGCCCAAAACCAACGACCCCUCAACCUACCACUCCUAGCGCACCUCAAUGCUACCCGGGCUCGAAUGAUCCGAGAUGUCCCAAACCAACAACACCUGCCCCGCCUAACUGCUAUCCGGGAUCUACGGACCCAAGAUGUCCUAAACCAACCACACCAGCACCACCGCGCUGUUACCCAGGUUCCAAUGACCCAAGGUGUCCUAAACCUACAACGCCAUCUAAACCAGUCUGCUAUCCUGGCUCUCCCGAUCCCAACUGCCCUCAACCUCCGCGUCCGACGACAUUGACUCCACCUACUUAUUUGCCACCUACAACCACAGGACUUACAACACCUUCUCCGCCAAGAUGUUUCCUUGGCAGUAAUGACCCCAGAUGUCCUAAACCAACCACAACUGGUCCAAACUGCUAUCCAGGGAGUAACGACCCGAGAUGUCCAAGGCCGACGACUCUUCAACCAACUCCAUCUCCACCACGUUGCUAUCCGGGAUCUACUGAUCCCAGAUGUCCUAAACCCACAACAUCACAACCAAGAUGUUACCCAGGAUCAAAUGAUCCUAGAUGUCCUAAGCCAACAACGCCUCAACCUACCACUCCGUCUCAACCACGGUGUUACCCAGGAUCUACAGAUCCUAAGUGCCCACAACCCACUACACCACGACCUACUCCUCCAGCCCCACCGCGUUGUUAUCCAGGUUCCAAUGACCCUAGAUGUCCUAAACCUACUACACCAGCUAAACCAGUUUGUUACCCUGGCUCCCCCGAUCCCAACUGCCCUCAACCUCCGCGUCCAACCACAUUAAACCCUCCAACAUAUCUUCCACCGGUUACCACAUCCGCUCCACCGAAGUGCUACCCAGGAAGCGCAGACCCGCGUUGUCCUAAACCAACGACACCUGCUCCUCCGAGUUGCUAUCCAGGUAGCAAUGAUCCCAGGUGCCCUAAACCAACUACACCCGCUCCACCCAAAUGUUACCCAGGAUCUACAGACCCGCGUUGCCCCAAGCCUACCACAUCUGCACCUCCGAAUUGUUUCCCUGGCAGCACUGAUCCAAGGUGUCCAAAACCAACAACACCGGAACAACCUAGAUGUUACCCCGGUGCAACCGAUCCUAGAUGUCCUCAACCCACGACUCCUUCACCGCCCGCCUGUUACCCAGGAAGCACAGACCCUCGUUGUCCAAAACCAACUACUUCCCAGCCUAGGUGUUACCCAGGUUCUACUGAUCCAAGGUGUCCACGGCCAACAACAGCCUCGAAGCCCGCCUGUUAUCCUGGAUCCUCUGACCCUAACUGCCCGCAACCACCCCGCCCAACGACAUUGACUCCUCCUACAUACUUACCACCAUCGACAACUGGUCCUAGGUGUUACCCUGGCUCUACCGAUCCUCGUUGUCCCAGGCCUACAACACCGGCUCCUCCUAGAUGUUUCCCUGGAAGCAAUGACCCCAGGUGUCCUAAACCAACCACGUCUCAACCUAGAUGCUAUCCUGGAUCUACAGAUCCCAGAUGUCCACAACCUACUACUCCAUCCUGCUAUCCUGGAUCCCCUGACCCGAACUGUCCUCAAGCACCUCAGCCAACUACGGUAAAUCCGCCCACUUACUUGCCACCAUCAACAACCCAGCCAAAAUGCUAUCCAGGCUCGACUGAUCCUAGAUGCCCUAAGCCAACGACACCAGAACAACCUAGAUGUUAUCCUGGUUCAACAGAUCCUAGAUGUCCCAAACCCACUACGUCGGCACCCCCUAAUUGCUUCCCCGGCAAUAAUGAUCCCAGAUGCCCUAAGCCUACACCAACUCAAGGACCCAGAUGUUACCCUGGCUCAACGGACCCAAGAUGUCCUCAGCCUUCAACACCUGCCCCUCCCAAAUGCUACCCAGGCAGCAACGACCCUAGAUGCCCCAAACCUACAACACCCGAAGCGCCUAGAUGUUAUCCAGGCUCCACGAAUCCAAGAUGCCCCAAACCCACAACACAGGAGCAGCCUAGAUGCUUCCCAGGGUCCACGGAUCCAAGAUGCCCACAACCAACUACACCUAGUUCCUGUUAUCCGGGUUCAAAGGAUCCAAAAUGCCCUCAACCGUUUGCACCAAGCAGUACAAACCCGCCUUCGACUUACCUGCCACCUUUUCCGGCAGAAAACGAAGUAAAGUCGCCUAGAUCUGGCAGGCUAGCAAAGAAUGAAGAUUAUGAUGAAUCACAAUCAGAAAUUGACAACUUCGACUUCUCAAGAACGAAGCCCAGAUCAAGAGUUGCGAGAGAUGUGAGCAAAGUGAGUGAAGUAGUCGCCCAGGCCAGCAACGGUUCAGCGAUCAUUUACAUUGGCGUCGCUUCGGUCGCUUUCGUUAUCCUAUGCGCUUCAGUCACCUUCUACCUUUACAAAAAGAAUAGGUCACUCAGAACCAACGAGACCACAGCAAAUAUCAAAGGUAAAAACCUUUGCUAGAUUUCGGAAAAUUUACAUAGGCUAAGUUUGACAUUCCAUGCCAUUUGAACCUUAUCAGGGUGAAAACUUUUAAAAAUGGUACCUUAUUGUGUGAUAUUUUAUCAAUUGUUACCAUUUCGGUUUUAUAAAAGUUUAUGUAUUUUGAAACAUAUUUACAAUGUAUUGUAAAUGGCUGCUUAAGGAUAAUUUAUAAUUUUGUAACUAUCACUGCCCUUUUAGCUUUAUAUUACAGGUUUAUCUUCAGGAUGCCUAUUUUAUUAUGCUAUAAAAUAGUGCCAUAUAUAACAUUCAAUAAUAUUUUCUGUGCAUCCUCGGAUAUAUUGUUUUAUAAUGCGUAUGUAUAUGUCCCUAGUCAUAUGAAAUAUUCGUACCUAUUAUAAUAUAUUCUAUGUCAUAUGCACUGAAAUCUGUCUUACUUAACUGUCCUAUUUUUGUAUGUUUUAAAGUUACGUAAUACUCGAUUUAUAGGCGUUUGUGAUAUUUUUUAUUGUAAAUAUAUUUUGCCAGUGUAUUGAUGUGGCCAUUGCAUGUAGAAUAUCGAAUAUUUGUUCAUUGUAUAUGACUUGUUACGUUCUGUGUUGUUCGAUAUUUUUAUAUAUAAAAAAUAUUCAUUUAAAAUGUAAUUUGUAUGCAGUAGU